UUUACUGCCAUCUGCCCUAAUUCUAGCCGGUUUGAAUCUCAAAUCGACCUUGAAUCCAUCUAGAAGUCUGAUCUGUCGAACUCCAGACCCAUUGGUCAAGUCGUUAUUCCUCGUUCUCAAACGGUUGUGAAUGUAGAUCUUGGAGGGGUGGGAAGAAUGCAGGCCGAGUUAAAAAUAUCCGACAUUCAUUCCCUAUCUAGGGAUCAGGCAUUCGGGAUUCUUACCCAGAUUUCACGCGUCGAGAAGAAAACCUUCCCCGCCAACGAGGCUUUCGCGUUUGGUGAGGAAUUAUGGAGAAAGAAGCCUAACACGAGGGUCGUGUAUGCAACAACUGCAACCCCCGGUGCCAUCUCAUCGGUGAUCGCGUAUGCUGUCUAUGUCCGGCAAAAAGGCGUGGCUUUACUGCACAAGGUCUGUGUGGUAGAGUCGUACCGCCGACAAGGUGUGGGAAUGCAAUUAAUGGAUUACAUUCGGCGCCGUCUUCAAAAGGAAGGUUGCCAAUAUAUCCAAUUAUGGGUGGAUAAGGCAAGGGAUCCCGCCCGGUCUCUAUACUGUCGCAAUGGCUUUGAAGAACGUGAAGAGAUUCCUGAUUACUAUGCGCCCGGGCGUACAGGGAUCAAGAUGGUAUUGGACCUUGAAUGUGGUGCUUAA